UCGAUACCUUGACCCUUAACCACUACAAUUCGAACUUCUAAUAUGUAAAACUGUGAUCAGCUGUUUUAAAUGUUUUCAAUUCUUUCGACAGAUCUCGAAGCGAAGCCUGUUUCACUGAACGAUAUCAUAGCAGCUGAAGAGAAAGUAGCCCAACUUACUGCCAGGAGACCAACAGCGACCAAAAGCAGACAACUCUAUACACUCUCAGAUAUCGACACUCCAACUCGAGUUAAGAAAAAUUCACCACUGCAUUACAGAAAAGCUUUUCAAAUCGAAUCACCAUCAAAACCGAAGAAAUUAAAGAUCUCCCAAAGACCGUGGUAUAACCGAAAGAAACUAACGAACAAAAGGGAAAUCAAUCACAAUGACGGAAUCAUACAGAAGUACAUUCCCUUACUUAAAAAUCUUAGGCUACUUGUUGAUAACAUUCUCGCUCCAGACUCGAGCGAAUCCUACGAGCCUAGCGAUAAGAAAUAUAAAAGAAAUCAUUCCCCUACCAAUGAGAGAGACAAAGAUGAAAGAAAUGAUUCCCUUGGCAACAAGCGAGACAAAGUUGUUUGCACCUGUUCACAUAGAUCCAGUUCAGAGUCCCCUACACGUCCGCAGGAGGAGACAGUUACAUCUACCGCGCCUCUUGCCACUGAGAUCCAGGACGAGGUUACCAUCAUUACUACCACCACGCCGGCCUCUUCUACUAUCGAUGAUAACGUCCGCGGUAUCAGACGGUAUACGAACGUACCCAUACUAUCUACAAGAAAUCCCUCUAGCUUUUGGCGAGACGAUAGUAGACUCGGUCAGAGAGACAGCUCCUCAUUUGACAGAAGCAUUGAAGGACAUAUCCCCGGAAAUAAUGGAGCUAAUGAACGUAAUACCAGAGGAGAAACUUGGCCCCAUACAGAAAAUUAUGAAGAAUAUACCAAUAGUUAUUCACGAAACGAUGCAAGUCGCGAUCGAUCCAGUGAGCAAUUCCCUGGAAUCGGAAUCGAGUCCGGAGAUACAGAGUUUCAUAGAGGAACCAGCAAAACCGAAGAACUCCCGGUACCGAGAAAUGAAACCUUUGAAAAUGUUACAAAAUACGUACUUGAACACGAAAGAGAAAUGGAAUACAAAACUAGAAGAGACGAAACAGAAAGCUCAUUACCUGUACCAGAAUUUCCUUCAAGAUUACGAGGAUUUGAAUCCCAAGAAGAAGAAAUGGCAAUUAGAACCUACAAAAUCGAUAAAGAAAGCAUCCUUCAGAAUAGCACCCGCGAUAAACAAUUCUCUGACGGAAAUGGCCCAUAUACCUCAGAAGAUCAAGGAAUUCGUAGAGCAAAUAAAGCAAUAGCACCAAAACACAUUUUGCCAAAUUCCACAUAUCCAGUGGGUAAAGUUGUUAUGAUCUUCGAUGGAUAUAGUGUUGCAAAAGAUGUUAAUGGUAACAACAAACUUACUGAAAAAGCUAUUCAAAUAUUGACUUAAGAUAAUGAU